UCCGAUCGAAUUAUAUGUCGCAUAUAUACGUUCAAGGAUGCCGGUAUCUGCUUUGGACGGCGCAGCUGUCCGCGGUUGCAUUGUUCCGAGCAUUGUGGCGGAGACUGGCUAUGAAGUCAGCUCACCGAACGGCGCUGGCGCAGCUGUCUGAAAAGGAGAUAUCUGGGCCACGUCUCAGCGCUUCCUCAGACAAAACGCGCUUCUGAAGCGAACUUAACCAGGCCGGCAAGCGUGACCAUGAGUAGCACUUGGCUUACGGUUCUCAUCCUGACGACCUUGUGCGCCUCCCUGAGCGUGGCGCAUCCACAGAUCAGGUCGUUCGCGGCCAGCUCUUUCCAAGAGAUGAGUUCGGGUCCACACGGAAUGGUGCUGGGCCGACAAGGCUACCACGACUCGACGGGCCAUGGCCACUUCAUCUCCUACACGGUCGACAAAGGAGGCCACGUUCAGAUCAGGCACGAUCCCACAGGAAGGGUUUUCCUGACUCACCUGGAGAAGACAUCAUUCCCGCACACCUUUCACUUGUUCAGGUCGCUACUAACUCCAGAUUUUGGACUGUCUUCGUUGAAACUCCUACCGCGAUUCCACCAGCCAUUCCUUUGUCUUUUGAAUCCUUGCAGCAGUGAUUCAUACAUCAACCGGCAUGAUGAUCAGUACAUGAGGAUGAUGCAUGGGAUUGCUUAGGCCUACAUUACACGUCUACCAACGAAAAUUGUCAAUACCUUUGCAUGGUAAUAUAGAAGUGUGCCUG